AUGGACCACCUCCAGGGCAACAUCUUCAUAGCCUCCCAACGCAUCAACGACUUGACCGGCUACUCGGGCAUCGAGGCUUUGAAGGAACGCAUUGUCUCCCUCGAAAAGCGCUUGCAGGAGGCGCAAGAUGCGGUUCGUUCUUCACGCCUCACCUAUAAGACCAUGGUGGCCGACAGAGCUUCCACCCAACGGGAGGUCACGACGUUAUUGGCGAGGAAGGAUACUUGGACGCCGACAGAUCUUGAGCGGUUUACGAGUCUGUAUAGGAUGGAUCAUAGUAAUGAACAAGCAGUCCAGGAAGCGGCGACCAAGUUGGCUGAGGCGGAGAGGGAGGCGGAACAUGCUGCCAGCCAACUGAGUAGUAGUAUACUGAGUCGGUAUCAUGAGGAGCAGAUUUGGAGCGACAAGAUUAGGAGGAUGAGUACCUGGGGUACUUGGGGCCUGAUGGGGGUCAACGUGCUUUUGUUUUUGGUGUUCCAAUUGGGAUUUGAACCCUAUAGACGGAGGAGAUUGGUUCAUGGAUUUGAGGAAAAGGUCAGGGAAGCUUUGGAGAAGGAGAAGGAGGCCCAGGCCGCGAGACAUGACGAGACAGUGGACCAGAUACCGUCGGAUGGUAUUGUGAACGCAGGUGUUCAAGAGUUGGCAGAAGAGGUGGUUGAUGGUUCUGAUGGGUCGACCCCAGCAGUAGAUACGGUGGUAUCUCUCAUACAUGGUCAUCCAGCUCAACAGGACGAGGCGGCUUCUAUGGAUACGGCAGAAAUGCAUCUGCCAACGGUUGUAUCACUGACGAAGCCAGAGACGUGGAAAACCGCAGUGCAGGAUUGGCAAGCCGCAGCGGAAGAUUUAUUCAGUGACAAAAUUAUAUCUAUGCGGAAGCAAGAUGUAACAUUAGUCGCAUUGGAGGGUGCUGCCACAGGAGCUGCGAUAGUCAGUAUCAUCGCAACUCUGAUCUUCCGCCUUUCAUAG